UCGAUUUUCACAGGUUCCACACGUGAUCGACAGGCAUGAUACCAUGAUAGGUUAGCCCGUGUCUGCAAGCCAGUUCCGCCAGAUGCCAGCUUGUGGCAGCAUAGCAACGCUCGGUAGCUCCAGCCGCCCACCCAUAGCAGCGCUCUGUCCCCACGACUUGAUUAUGUUCCCUGAGCGCUUAUAGCCGCAGCCAAACGACCACACGAUGCGCAUACGGAAGCCGUUUGCUGGCGCUUUCGUAGCCCUGAUCUUCAUCAGCGCCGGCGCCGGGUUUUCCCCGCCCGACUACAAGAUCCCCUCGUACAAGCAAUCCGACAAAGCACUACAUUUUCUCGCCUUCUUCCUUCUCACACUAUGCUUCUACUGGAUACUAGAGACGAGUCGAAGGAAAGUCUUACAGCUCACCUUCACGGUGUGCACGAUUGGUCUGGGGAUUGCUAGUGAAGUUGUGCAAGGCUUGUUGCCUAUUCAUCGGGACUUCGAUUAUUACGACAUCGUAGCCAACGUCCUCGGUUCGCUCCUCGCUCUCGGCCUUUGUAAUUGGUACCACAAGCGCAUGCUCGAGCGAAAGAGAGCUGCACGCGGAUAUACAGCCGUUGCCGGGGACGAGGAACGAGACAUUGAGCUGGGUGAGAAUGUGGAGGGGCAGGAGUCCGGUGUCAUCCGAUCCACUGUUGACGAAGAACUUGAAACAUGGGACGAGAAUGCGGAAGACUGGGACACUACUGAACCGGAGCCCGUGAGUGGGAAAAAGAGUCUUGACGAUGGAGGUGAUUUGGGUGAGGGGAAGAAGCGAAAUGACUGAAAUGAUGACACUGUAUGACGUGCAUAAUGAAAGUUGCACUUGGGCUGGAGUAACGAAGCACUGGAUGUUGCAGUUCUUCACGUCUUAUAUCCCACGCU